AUGAGCUUAGCUGGGCUCACUUUCUGGCCUCCAGACCAGACGUACUUGAUCUCCUGCAAAGGAGGUUGGGUGCGAUUGGCAAGUGGCGCAAAGCGAAGGGAAAAAAAAAAGGCCACUAACAUCGCCAACACAGUUAUCCCUCCUCCUCUGCAACCGAAAAGAGAGUUGAAGCCAGAUGAGAUCAGGGUGGUUCAGGCGCGUGAUGACAAGUCCCGAGACUCGAACAGGCGCAUCCCUUGUGGCUGCCCAAUAACAUAUUUCCUGAACAGGGAAGUCUUAAGGGAAGAGGAGGAAGAUCAAAUUCGUAGUUGCGGGGAAUCUGACAAUUUCCGAGUUUUGGGAGAGGACAAGUU